CAACGAGCCAAGCUGAUGCGAGGAGGAGAUAAAACCAGCUGUGGACACUCUGGAGCAGUAUUCUGCUACAACAUGUACGUGAGAAUCGCUCUAGUCAUCGUGCUCCUGGCGCAGGUUCACUCCCAGCCGAUCAAGGAGGAACGCUCCCCGUGGGAGAUCAUCACCCACCUGUCCACCGUGCCGAGGAUCUUAGAUGAUGUGAUUAGGAAGGAGACGAAGGUGGAGCUUCCGGAAGAGAAGAGUGUUCGACUACAGAGCGAACACCCGGCACAGAAUUUGCAGCUUUUCCCAGAUAAAGAGGACGACUUUUACCGACCCUGGAGAAACAUCGUCUCCAGGAUCUCCAGGUUCAAGAGGUCAUUCCAGCAGGCUACCUCUGCUUGUGGUGGCUGGGGUACACCGCUGCCUAUACCUCCGCCAUGCAGAAGAUCGUGAUACUGAUCUUCCCUCUUCCUUGUUAUAGACAUAAAGCUGUCAAGGAUCAACCAUUUUCACAAGUUUGGAAGAUACACCGUCCCGAGUAUUACGUGUCUUAUCGUCAUUAAGUGUCAUUAUUAAUUUAUUUGUAUAUAUUAGCUGUAAUAAAACAUAAUUUUAUACAGUAUA